GUAGAUAACAUCAGUUGCACCGAAGAUCAAUCUUCUGCACUUGAUGCAGCUUCCAGACACAUCCAAACAGCCUCCAUUGUCAUCUACUGUGUGAUAUUUAUAGUUGGAACUCUGGGCAACGGUCUGGUCAUCUAUGUGACAGGCUUCAAAAUGCAGAAAACAGUUGACUCAGUUUGGUUUCUCAACCUGGCCAUAGCUGACUUCCUCUUCACAACCUUCCUGAUUUUCUCGAUCAUUUCUCUCUCUCAGAAUCACCAGUGGCCUUUUGGAGAAUUCAUGUGCAAGCUCAACACCUUUGUGAGUGUAGUCAACAUGUUUGCCAGUAUCUUCACUCUGACAGCCAUGAGUCUGGAUCGUUGCUUGUCCAUCUGGGUGGUGGUGUGGGCGCACAACAAGCGCACAGUCUGCAAAGCUCAGCUCAUAUCAGCUGGUAUCUGGGUGAUUGCUGCGGUCUGCAGCACCCCUUAUGCCACUUUUCGCACUGUUUUGGAACGCAAUGGGAAGAAGAACUGUUAUUAUUUUACAAGCAGUGAAAACAAAUGGAGUCUCUACACUUUUCGCUUUGUUAUAGGUUUUCUGAUCCCAUUCCUGGUAAUAUUUAUCUCUUAUGUGGCCAUAGGCAUCCGUGCAAUGCGCAUGCCAAGAACAAGGAAACAGAGGUCUCGCAGAAUCAUUUUCUCCAUCAUUUUUGCAUUCUUCAUGUGCUGGUUGCCAUUCCAUAUUUUCAAUUUUAUAGAAUUGAAGGCUAGGACUAACUCAGACCUCUGCAGCAUUGUUAAAAUCUGGGGUCCUCUGACUGUGAGUCUGGCUUUUUUGAACAGCUGCCUGAACCCCAUCCUCUAUGUUUUCAUGUGUGAAGAAUUCCAGAAGAAGCUUCAGAAAUCCAUAUGUUUUUUGUUAAUGAGUGCCCUGGCAGAGGACCAUGUGUUAUUUAUGUCCACUCGCUCCGUGUCAUCGAACCUUUCAAAGACUUCCCGAAAGUCAGACACUGCCGUGACUUCAGAGAGGAUCAGCCCAGCUGCUUCCAAAUCCUUCACAGAAAGCAAAGUUAUCAUCACUGAAGAGACACUGAGCGCUGAACAAGACCUCAGCAACAGGCAAUGUAAACUGAAAUGUUUAUCUCAAAUUGUUUCAUAG